AUGCGCACGCGCCCCACAUCGGUGAUCGGGGAAUGGAGGAAAGUGAUCGGCCAAUUCAAAAUUCGAUCGGCGACGAUGGAGAGAAACGUCGAGAAGAUGCUGAACAGAGUAUCGGUGGUCUUCAUAAUCAUCGGAACAGCGAUCAUGGUGGUUAUGAUUCUCCAGACGCCGAAAACAUGUAUCCCACCAGAAGCUCCAUCGAAACCCCAUACGCAUUUCCCGAGAUCCACCUGCGAUUCAUCGCCUCGCCAGCAUCUUCCUUUUCCCAAGAAGAACGCUCGCAUGUGGUCCUCUAAGGCUUGGAAAUCGCGUCUCUCCUCCUUCUCCUCCUAUUUCCUCCGUUUCCGCGAUCUAGGUUUCCUCAGCAAUCACACCAAAGCUCUCUUCCUCUCCGCCGGCGCUGGCCACGCUCCGAUGGCACUUUCCCAGAUCGGAAUAGCUGACAUCACCGCCGUCGAAUUGGUGGAUUCGCUUCCUCUGGUGAGAAGAGCUGAUCCUCACAACCUUCCCUAUUUCGACGGUGCCUUCGAUUUUGCCUUUACCGCACAUUUAUCUGAAGCUCUGUUUCCGUGGAGAUUCGUGGAGGAGAUGGAGAGGACGGUGCGCCGCGGCGGGUUUUGCGUGGUUGCGGUUGACGAAUGCGGCGGAGACGAUGUUAGGGACAUUGCUAGGCUUUUCCCUAAUUCGAAGGUCGUUGAUGUUGCUAAUGUAACCCUCGAAGGAUCCAAAAGGACUAGUAUACUCUUGAGAGUUCAAGACUCUCCGACAUGA